UCUCGCUCAACAGCUGGGUGGACCUCCGAGAAAAAAAAAAAAAAAAGUUGCUUCUAUGACAUUUCCUGCAGGGAUGCCAGCCUAAGCGUGAGAUAAGCCCGUCGUUGUGUAUCUUCACCUCUGCGCCAUGGAUUUUAACGUUAAGCGCUUAGCCGCAGACGCCGGUACCUUCUUGAGCCGCGCGGUACAAUUUACAGAAGAGAAACUUGGGCAGGCUGAGAAGACUGAGCUGGAUGCCCAUCUGGAGAACCUCUUGGUCAGAGCUGAGAACACCAAGCAAUGGACGGAGAAGAUCAUGAAGCAGACGGAGGUUCUACUACAGCCUAAUCCAAAUGUCCGACUGGAGGAGUUUGUGUAUGAGAAGCUGGAGAAAAAAGCCCCCACACGGAUGAACAACCAUGACUUGCUGGGUCAGUCCUUGAUUGAUGCUGGAAACGACUUUGGUCCUGGGACGGCCUACGGAAACGCUUUGAUAAAAUGUGGCGAGACGCAGAAGCAGGUUGGCGGUGCCGAACGGGAGUUCAUCCAGAGUUCUGCCAUCAACUUCCUGACGCCAUUUCGAAAUUUUCUAGAGGGCGACUUUAAAACCAUCCUGAAAGAACGAAAGCUUCUGCAGGUCAAACGUUUGGAUCUGGACGCAGCCAAAACCAGGCUAAAGAAAGCCAGGAUGCCUGAUGCUAGAGCUGCUGCAGAGCAGGAGCUGAGGAUGACCCAAAGUGAGUUUGACCGACAAGCCGAGAUCACGCGUCUCCUGCUAGAGGGCGUCAGCAGCACCCAUGCACACCACCUACACUGUUUGAAUGACUUUGUGGAGGCCCAGACGACCUACUACGCACAGUGUUACCAGUACAUGGUUGACCUCCAAAAGCAGCUUGGCAGUUUCCCGUCCUCAUUCUCUAACAACAACCAGUCGUCCCUGUCGGGCGGCGCCGGCAUCUCAGUACCCACCAUACCAGUGUCUGCCUCUCUGCCCAGCGUCUCCGCGGGCCACACCAGCUCUGCUGCGUCGGGCGGGUUCAGCGAGCUGCGGAGCUCCAACAUCAGGGGCAGAGCCAGAGUCCUUUAUGACUACGAUGCUGCCAACAGCAGUGAGCUCUCCCUGCUGGCUGACGAGGUGAUCACAGUUAGCAGUGUCCCAGAUAUGGAUUUAGAUUGGCUGAUGGGGGAGCGAGGCAGCCAGAAGGGCAAAGUGCCAACCACCUACCUGGAGUUGCUCAACUGAAGCCCAAAUCCUCUCUCUACUCGCACCCUGUGCAACCAGCUGUGAUCCCGUAUUUAUACCAUGCUGCAGGGACAGGCCUCACUUUCUAUUUCAUUCAGUUGUUUUAUGUUUCUUUUGUUAAAAAAAAAAAAAAAAGAAGAAAGAAAGAAAGAUUUGGUCUCUGAUGCUACAAACUCCAGCAGGAAUAAAUAAAUUUGAAUUAUGGGAAAGCAAGUGGACCAUUUUCCUCAUUAGUUUGCAGUAAAUUUUUUAAACCUGCUUUGAUGCCUUUGAGUUUGAUGCCAUGUAAUCUGAAAUAUGUGCCAGAACAUCUCCUCGUAACAUUUUUAAGAUUUUUGUUUACAAAAUGCAUCUCAGAUGGCAACCUAAAUGCCUUUUUUCCCCUCCAUUUCCUCACUGCUAAUACGUUUAUGUAAGAGGGGGUAAGGAGGGCACAUUUCUGUUGAGAAAAGAGCACUUCAGUUUGAAGUUAAGCUUAAUGCUGAUUAUUUUAUGUCUUAUAAGUGACGAGCUCACGGAGCAGCAGCUUUUAAGGUUGUUCUGAAAAUGAAUUUUAUUUGUUUGUGCUGUGCCACAUGUAUUUGCAUGAAGCUUUACUGGACAGCGAGCUCAUUACUGUUAGGGUUCCUGUCCAUUGGAUUGUUGUUUGACUUCCUUUUGCAAUUUGCAUCGAUGCCAUCAGUAUUGAGCCUUUUAGCUCAGUCUUUUAAGUAUUGAAAUCAAAUUUUUCAACCCAAUUGGAAAGCAUUUUAUCACCUUUCUUGCCAGUCAGAAAUCAGUUAAGGACUGUGCUUAAAAUAAUAAAUUCUGCAUUGUUCUGAAAAAAAGCUCAGUAUUUGAUCACUUUGUUGUUUACUAAAGAAAAUGCCUGCAGUAAAGAUCUUUUUCUCCUCGACAUAACAUCUGGGAUUUCAUCAAGCUUGCAUUUCAACGUUAUAUAUAAGCCUCAUAAGAACUGUAAUGUUCCACUUGAGGACAUUUAAGUAUAUUGAGCUUUUGUAUUUUGUGUAACUGAUAGAGUGGCAUGUGAUUGCAAAGUAAAUAUUAAAUAUGAACCAUUAAAAGUA